AUGUCGGCAGUGUCGCACAGCAAGGAUCAAGUUCACAGCAAUCCUGAGGGACCAUCAACCUCAACAGGCGUAUUGAAUACGGAUAAAACGAAAGGUAAGCAAGCACUUCUUAGCUUUAAUCUGAAACAUUUACUGUAUGCUAUAUUUUUUAUCGUACAUCAACAUUCGAUUUCGUUUCAAACAAACUUUCAAGGAUAAUGCGUGUAAAUAAUUUCCAUUUUGAUUUUUAUCACCUGAUAACUUGAAUUUUCAAGAAAUACUCACUCAGUAACUGCUUAUGUCAGUAUCUGUUUGGCUUUGGCUAUAUUAGACCCUGAAUUUGAAAGAAUAUUCAAUUUUUGUCUUGUCAGAAUUGUUGAACAAGGGCAUCUUUGUGGGACCUUUUUGUGAGAAAAAUGGUUUGGAUGUGGCAGCAUUGCAGAGCGAGGACCUCAAACCAUUGAAAAGGGAACAUUUAACUGUUGGUCUUGUUCUAGAACUCUGGAAAAAAAAAGACUCUGUCAAACAAAUGCAACGGUGGAUCAGUGGGUUGACUCCAGUGGAGCUACAACAAUAUCAGAGUGGUCUAACAUCUCAAAAUCUAAACAAGGCAUGCAAUGAUUUACUGAAGAAAUCCCAAAAACUGGGUAAAAAUAAAAAG